ACAGAGAGAAAAGCACUGCAUCAGCAUUCAGAUUUCCAGUUCACACUCUUGUCCCUCCACGGAACAGGCCGUGCGAUCUCAGAGCCCGCUUCCUUGGCCGCAGGCCACCCGGCGACCUCUGGGAAGAUGAGUGGCUGUGGGAGGAAGGCCUUGACCCUGCUGAGCAGCGUCUUUGCCGUCUGUGGCCUGGGGCUCCUGGGCAUCGCCGUCAGCACCGACUACUGGCUCUACCUGGAGGAGGGCGUGGUCCUGCCCCAGAACCAGAGCACGGAGAUCAAGAUGUCCCUGCACUCGGGCCUGUGGCGUGUCUGCUUCAUCGCAGGGGAAGAGCGGGGACGUUGCUUCACCAUAGAAUACGUGAUGCCCAUGAACUCCCAGCUGACGUCGGAGUCCACCGUCAAUGUUCUAAAAAUGAUUCGCUCGGCCACACCAUUCCCCCUGGUCAGCCUCUUCUUCAUGUUCAUUGGGUUUAUCCUGAGCAACAUCGGACACAUCCGUCCCCACAGGACAAUACUUGCCUUUGUCUCCGGCAUCUUCUUCAUCCUCUCAGGCCUCUCUCUGGUGGUGGGCCUGGUGCUCUACAUCUCCAGCAUCAACGACGAGAUGCUCAACAGGACCAAGGACGCAGAGACCUAUUUCAACUACAAGUAUGGCUGGUCGUUUGCCUUCGCUGCCAUCUCUUUCCUUUUGACCGAGAGCGCCGGAGUGAUGUCCGUGUACCUGUUCAUGAAGCGGUACACUGCCGAGGACAUGUACCGGCCGCACCCCGGCUUCUACCGGCCUCGUCUGAGCAACUGCUCCGAUUACUCAGGCCAGUUCCUACACCCGGACGCCUGGGUCCGGGGCCGCAGCCCCUCCGACAUCUCCAGCGACGCCUCCCUGCAGAUGAACAGCAACUACCCAGCCCUGCUCAAGUGCCCCGACUACGACCAGAUGUCCUCGUCCCCCUGCUGAGCCUCACCGCCUCCCUCCCUGGACGGUGGACAGCCAGAGAGCCCUUCCCGUGCUCCCCCGAUGGCCUGGCAGCCCCAGGCCCUUGGUUGACAAGCCCAGGCUGCCCCCAAGCUUCGCUGUUGUCACUCGACCCAUGUUGUCUCCACAUCUUCCCCCCCAGAG